AUGCCCUGCUUUAAAGGGAUUGCCGUUAGCAUACAUGCCAACGGUGCUCCUCUUCCCGAGCAUGGUAUGCAAAAGCAGUCACGACUGUCACGCAUCAGCACCUAUAUACCCGUGCCUCAGCCAAGCAUCAACCCCGAUUCGAACAAGCCCGAGCCUGCCAAGUUCGCCAUUUCAAUUACCCUCUUGACACCCGGCUUGCCGAUCCCGUACUCGACUCCGAAGUCCACCGAGACGAACCCUUAUCCCAAGCCCCAGUUCGUCGGAGGCCUGCCCACCGCCGCUCAAGGUCCUUCGAAGUUCUCCGGAGUCGUCAACCCCUAUAUUCCCAUGACCAAUUCUGAGAAUGAGACGAUAGCCGCCUACAUAUACUUUGACGGAAGAUCCAAGGAGGAAGUCGCCACGCUUCUGCGACCGGGUGAGGAGACCUGGGUCAACAGUCGUUGGGUUCAGGUACCCGAUUCUGAAGGCGGAGGUCUUGCUGAGCGCGAAUUUUUAUUCCGCGAAGUCGGCUUGGAGCGUUGGCUUAACGGCUUGGACCUUCAAGGUCACGAUGCGGCAGAGAAGCUGGAACGUCGCCGUCAAAAGUUCGAGAAGCGACGCAGGAGACAAAAGGCUACGACUGGAGCGACAAGCAUGCAAGUUGAGGAAGGCCCCAACGGCCCCAGAGACACUCUGCGCUACGGUGCCGAGGACGGAUCUCCUGUUGAGGCUGUCUUUGGCGAAGACGACUCUGACUCCUUAUCCGACGAUGACGAGAUCCCCGAGGCAACUGGACAGAUCAAGGUGCUGAUGUUCCGUGUGCUUGCUUCUGGCGAAAUAAAAAAAGGAGAAUACUCACCACAGUUCGAUGCUCAUGACGACGACGAUGACGCGGAGUCCGGAAAGCAAGGCAAUGGGAAGAGCGGCGUCGAUGCUGACGUGGAGCACACUACAAGCUUUGCCAAGCCCAAGACGUUGGAUCCGAAGACUAUUAGUACUCAGACCGUGACGGGUAUCGAUGGCCCCGACAAGCCAUAUGCUUCUUUCACAUUCUUCUACCGCGGGGAGAGGCAACUCCAAAAGAUUGGCAUCAUUGCUUCUUCAAAGGCAGCCCAGGCAACGCCGGGAUCUGCCAAACGCCGGUCUGGGCAGCUAGACUUUUCAAGCCUCGGCCCCUUGAAGACCUCUGGCACCGUUGGAUUUUCUGCCUUCAGAGACCAGGAUACAGAGGCCACCAGACGACGGAAAGCCCGCAAGAAGAGCAAUGGCAAUAUUGGGGGAGCUCUCAAUGACGACAGUGACGACGAUGACGACGAGAGUGAACUUCUUGGAAAGAUGCAGGAUAUUGAUGAAAAGGACAUCAAUAACAAGCUCGCCCCCGAGGACGUUAGAUCUCAAGGGGAGCUUGCUGAUGGUGUGAACCGUAUUCGACUUAAGAGAGCACAUUCAGCCGAGCCCGACCGCUCCGAGAACGCAGGUGCCACCAAUAACUCUGUAAACUCGGGCGCGUUCGGUAAUCCGUUGAUUGGCGCUGCAAGCGCUGCAGGCAAUGGCCAUGUUUCCGAGGGCGUGAACCAGGACCCUAGCAACGACGCUACGAUAGAGGGAACAAUUGGGAGCCCCUUGAAGAAACAUCGGCCGAGUAUUUCUGGCGGCGAUGAUCAAAUCCGAGCCCAGUCAAAUAACUCAGGUUUGAGCGAUGUCAUGAACCGUGGGGUCCCUACACAGACAAAUGCGCCGGCCACCUCGGGUACCAAUGUCGACGAGGAAGAGCUGUGA